AUGGGUAACAAGACCAGCAAACUGUCCCAGGAGCAACUCGCCGAGCUGCAGAAGAACACUUACUUUGACAAGAAGGAAUUACAGCAGUGGUACAAAGGGUUCCUCAAGGACUGUCCUAGCGGCCAACUCGACAAGCACGAGUUUUCGCGGAUAUAUAAGCAGUUCUUCCCCUUUGGCGACCCGGGCCAGUUUGCCGACUAUGUCUUUAAUGUGUUUGAUAACGACAAGAACGGCACCAUUGACUUUAAGGAGUUUAUCGGUGCUUUGAGUGUUACUAGUCGAGGACGACUCGAUGAGAAGCUGAAAUGGGCGUUCCAGCUGUAUGACAUCGACGGUGACGGAUUCAUCACGUACGACGAGAUGCUCCAAAUCGUGCGCUCAAUAUAUAAGAUGACUGGUCAAAUGGUCAAGCUGCCUGCUGACGAGGACACACCCGAAAAGCGCGUGGACAAGAUAUUCAGAAAUAUGGACCGUGACAAGGACGCGCGACUAACGUAUGACGAGUUUGUCGAGGGCAGCAAACAGGAUCCGACUAUUGUCCAGGCCCUCUCGUUAUACGAUGGGACAAUGAGGGUGCUCUCGGCGGUAGCAGCGCUCGCAGUGUUCCUGCGGGCUAAUGCGACGCCGAACACUGUGCCGUUUGAAAACUGCCUUUCGUCACAGACAUAUACCGAUGACCGAUAUAAUUCCUCCCAGUUGAUCAACGUGACGAAUGUGUAUUCUCAGAUUACAGACAUUGGCGAUGGCAAUGGCAGGCAAUUGCGUCUCAGCUUUAUCUCUGAAAUAGGCUCAGAGCUCGAUGGAUGGUCCAGCGACACCAAACUGUCCAGUAUCGACUCUGAUAUAUUCGACAGUAUCGCGACUAGCGAUGUAUUCUGGAACAAGACGUUCUUCUGCUACCAUAUAGUGCCUCCGGUGCCAUAUGCACCGAGGUCAUACAACGACACAGAUUGUAUUGUUCCCGCCGGACCACUCGCAUUUGGAAUCCAGUCGCCUCUCCCACACGACUACCAACUCGUGACUCUCAACACCCGCGUUCAAGUCCUUGACACCAGCAACCCUGCCAAGGAACUCGCUUGCAUUGAUGUUGCUGUUACCCCAAUCGUUGAUAUCGGUGUCGGCGGCUCAUUUGAUUAUGCGGGUAUUCUCUUUUGGGUCUCUGUCGGUCUUGCCAUUGCCUACUGGCUCAUCGUCGGUCUUGCCCGCAUAGCAGCAGCCUGGAGACGCGGAAGUUGGGACUCGAACCAGCGGUGGGUUUACAUCCGAUGGGCAGGUACCGUUUUGGCAAGUGCCAUCAGCGGAGAGCGCCUCGCUGCAUCACCUGCUCUCUUGCGUUUUGCCACCCCGUCUAUGCGCGAUAUCAUAUUCCAUACUCAGUGGUGUGCCUGUUUAGCCAUGGUUGCCGUCGAAUGGCCCAAUUUUAUCUACCCAAUAUUGUCCAACGCCGCCUGGUCCCAUCUCCUUUAUAACGUAACCAUUAUCCAAGGCGAAAACUCUGCAAAUGAACAUUGGUGGCCUCUCCGAGUGCCCGCGUACACUCCUCCGGAUGCAUUCAGUGCCCAAAUGGAGAACACGACGUCCCCCAUUUACAUUGACCCCAACGCUCCCAAUAGUUUAUUCACAUUCCCGUCAUACCCGAUCGAAAGCGACCGCGGUUUGCCCGCACUUGCCGCUGCGGUCGGACUAAGAGAGCAAGACCUAUUCGGCAUGUGCGUCUCGACGUUUUUGGCCAUCGUCGCUUCCACAUUGGUCAUUAGCGUGUUUAUCUGGGCGGUCGACUGGCUCAUAUCCAGCGUCGCGUCGGGCAAGAACAAUUCCUCUCGUUCCCGAGGAGUACCUGCGAAUGGGGGCGGGGAUGUGAAAGACGUCGUACGCUCGCCUUCACCCGACUCCCAACUCUAUCCAGGCGUCGCGGCCCGAAGCGCCGGACAUGGACACGCCCGUCGUGGAUGGUGGCGCUACCGACUCGGUCAGAGCUCGUUCCACGGCAGCGUCCUGCACGGAAACCUCGUUCGCCUUCUCUUACUCUUCCAUCUCCCCGUAACCAUCUUCUCGUGCUAUCAAUUUACGCUCGGUCGAUCUACGGCGACAACUCUUUCUAUUAUUCUUGCUGCGCUCACCUUUUCGGUGUUCUCGAUCGGGAUCCCGUUAUUUUUGAUUAUCGUGUCACGACGACGCCAACUGGGAAGCUGUUCAGUCAUUGGUGCGGGCCAAAAAAGCGGAACGGCCCAGUCGAUUAUCAUACUCGUGAUCGAGGUAGCCUCGGCUUUGGCGACGAGCAUCUGGCUGCCCUGGGGCAAAGGCGCGCAUAUGAGCUUGAUCAGCUUUCUGUUCUGCGUAUUGAGGAUCAUAAGCUCGGUUUUGUUGGUUAUUCUGAGCCCCGUGGUCGCAAUUGGGGAUUCGGCUGGUGCAUGGAUUGCCUAUGCUAUACUCAUCAUCGCCGGAAUAAUCUACAUCACGUUCAUCGUUGUCCUGUUCUUCAAGAUCCUCGAAGGUCUCGUUCGGCUUAUAUUCAAAGUUUCAUUCGACCGCUCGCACCAUUCAGUCGACACCGGCUUCAUCGGCGCGCUUGGGUUGGCAGGAUGCUGUGGCAGUCGAUCAAAACGCAAACGACGCUCUCGUGGACAUCGCUACCAGCUCUCGGGAAGCAUUUCCGGCAGCUCGAAUUCUAAAGCUGGGUUGAUGGGUCGGUCUUCGAGUGGGUUGGAAUAUCCUACUGCAGGGUACGCACCAGGACCACCAGGCAUGAACGGAAAUCACCCUAUACCCAACGGACCGUACGGCAACUACCCUCCCUCGAACGGUCUUACGUCGUACCCGCCCGGCCCCGCUCCGCAGUCGUACCUCCGACCUGAGCAAAUAUGGCAAUCUUACCAAGAAGCGGAUGAAGAUGACGCGGGGCACAUUAUGCAGUCGUGGAAUAAACACCAGACCUCACCGCCCCAAGGGGCACUACAAGUCCCGCCUGCGUCUCAACCCGGACCCGCAUAUCAACCCGUCCCGACCAACCAGUCUUCGUCCUCCGGAUUCGUGAACAACACGCCUUCGUCCUCUGGGUUCAGCCGCGUCAAGGGCGGCCGGGCGCACUACGACCCGUUGAGUUCUCAAAUCCACCUCCCGCCCGGUGCGCGUCCUCCCGAACAGCCGUCCAACGUGCGCCAGCACUCGCGCACGCGCUCCCAAACGGCCGUCAUCGAAGACGCGGCCCGGCCCGUCCAGCUUGCGCCAAGCACGCUGCCCCUGCCGCAGAUCGCCGUUCCGGACGAGGACGACUCGCCCGCGAGCUCGGAGCCUACCCGUCGUCGGUUUUGGUUUGGGCGGAGCGGCGGGAGGGACGGGAGCCAGGACGAUACGAGUUCGGGGACGGGGACUGGAGAUGGGAUCGCGGGUCCUGGUCGGUUGUGGCCGUUUGGGAAGAAGCGGAGGGGAAGUGAAGCGGAUGUUGAUUGGACGGGUGGUGCGGAGAAUAGCGGAGGGGCAGGAGCAGGCGGCGGUGGUGGUGGGUUGUCGUCAUGCGUAAAGGAGGUGCGAAUGGGAGUGAAGCUACAGGCGUUGGGGGAGGCGAUGAAGAACCUUCCAAACCCUCCUUUUCGGUCAUUCGUCAGCCAAGACCUGGUACGGGGAACAGUGCUAAUUCUGCACAACGCCAAUCGACAAUUGGUUAAGGUUAGGUGA